AUGCAAUCCCACUUGCCUGCCGAGCUACCUCUACGCUUCAGCUGCAUCUUUUGGACCAGAAACCAACUUCCUCCCAAUCCCAAAUACAAAUAUUUCCAGACCGAUGUCGUCUUCAACCGAGGUACGCUUACAGGCGCUGGAUUAUUGAUCGCGGCGAAACACUGCAACACACAGAUCCGUCAUAAUCAUGCCUACAAGUUGGAAGGUCCAGUCUCAGCUGGAUGUGACACAGUUUCGACCAUUUUUGAAGAAGCAGAAAACACAAUUGUCAUUGAUUCUGCUGAAGUCCGCCUUCAUCCGCUGCUUAACAAGGUCUCAGCCCAGGGUGUGGGCCAAAUUCUUGAGUGGUCUCUCCGACGGGUUCACAACCAGCGUACGGCAAUUGAAGUUAUUAAAGUCCUACAUCGAGGUCGAGAUGCAACAGGCAAGAGACAGGUCUAA